AUCCAUCCAUCAGCAGGUAAAACGUCAUAAAUUUUUGCGCGAUGUGAAUAGUUGAAACGCACGUGUUAUAUUUUCUAAAAUUGUCUUUAUUUACUAUUAAAUAAGUAACUUGAUAAACAAAAAACGUUUUAGAAUUUUAAUCCAUCAAGUGUUGAAACUUUAAACACUUCAACAAUGUAAAUAUUAUAUUGUGCAAUGUCUAAAGAAGGUUAUAGUGGUGAAAGAAAAGAAGGUGAUAAUAAAGUGGUAUUAGAAAGAUUGCAGUCGUAUCUGAAAGAUAAAAGAAGUACGGAAAGUGUGGAGCCUUCGCUGAGUUACAGUAAACCAAGUACGAGCUUUGAUCAAAGUGUAAACGUUCCCGCUUUCGAAGACAGUAGCAACAUCCUGCGCGAAGUGCUGAACCACAAGAAAGCUCAGUUGCUGAGACAGCCGGAAAUAGUGGAGUACCUAAAAUCAGUGUCAUCCGAUCUUAAGAAGUAGAAUAUACUAUCAACAAUGGCAGUGGCAGCACAAAAGUCCGUUUCGACGUUGAUGCGUAAAACCCUGCAGCGGCAGGCAGCUGUAGCCAGAGAGAAAUUCAAAUUCAAUAAAAAUCAAGUAGAGCAAAUCUUGCUAGCCUAUGUGAGAGAGAAAAAAACUGGGCCAUACAAUGAUUUGCUAAAAGUUCUGAAGGACAUUCCUUUGAACGACGAAAACUAUCAGAUUCUCUUUGAAGAUAGUCUGUCUUGUGUGGUUCUGUUAGGACGUGACUUCAAACAGUAUGUGGAACUUGUGUGUAGUGUUGAGUUUGCCAGCCGGAGGGAGGAUCUCGUGGAGCUGUUCAGCAGAUUUGUGCUGAGCUUGGUUACUGCUCAUACAUACCAUUGUGCGAGUGUGAUGACCUGUCUUAUUAAGUUGUUCAAAGCUGAAGGUGAAAACUGGGAAGACAGUCCACCGCCAGAAACAGUGAUGAAAUGGUCAAAUAUCCACACAGUUAUUGCACAAAUUGUAGCCAUCAUGCCUAUGUCCAGUGAUCUCCUAAUGCAAACAGUGAUAGAUGGGUUUCCUUAUUACAAAGCAGGCUGCUACAUCAAUAGGUCAUACAUACACAAUCUAAUAUGGAUGAGCAAAUACAUACCACUACUUCAGGAACAAAUUGUGACGACCAUAGUUAGCAGAUUAGUAAUAAUGGAUGUAAAUUUAGUAGACCGCUCAAAGAACAGAGUACCGGCUGAGACACUGUUUGAAAUGGACACGGACGAGCAAGACGUUCUUACAGACUCAUUGGACUACUGCAUGUUGGAAAUGUUGAAAUGGCUUGAAGAGGAAAGAGAUCCUGCACUGAACAUCUUGUGCAACGUCUUCGAAAGAGUUGUUCUUCCAACCUAUGGUAUUAAAUACGUCCAAUUCCUGCUGCUAUACACGAUAUCGAUCAACCAGCAAUGCGCCGACCGUAUACUAAACAACUUGUGGAUAGUGGCGGCAGGUCUUCACGGGUUGGGACCCGGUGCCUUAGCGACCCGGCGGACAGCUGCCAGCCAUCUGGCUGGUUUACUAGCGCGCUGCGUCAGGGUUCCUAACUCCAGACUGAUUCACUACCUAAGGAACAUGGCGGAAUGGUGCCACUCGUAUAUCACGGCGACUCAGGAGUCAACAGCGGCGUGUGAUAACACCAAAGUGCACGGCUCCUUCCAUGCUGUGUGCCACGCCAUCUUUUAUCUGGUCGCGUUCAAAAAUCAUCACCUGUUUAUGAAUAAAGAAAAUCUCCUCUUCGUCGAGUCACUCAACCUCCCUCGUCUAGUAACCUGCAACCUGAACCCGCUCCGCACGUGUCCGCCGCAAGUCACGCACGCAUUCUCUUCAGUGACGCGCGCGCACCAAGUCGUGUACUGCCAAGCUAUCAUCGAGAAGAACGCGCGACACACGCUGCAGUCUGCUGCUCAAGAUUACGACGACUGGUUCCCGUAUGAUCCCUAUACGCUGCCUGUAUCCGGAAAGAUAAUCUGGCCCUUAUGCAUAGAGUACAAAGACUUCCUAAAGGACGGCGACAACGAGUCGCAGUAUACGCACAUGAAAAUAAAGCUUGAAGAAGACGACGACUACCUAAUGUUAGCCAGCCCCACGAAAAGGAUAACGAACGGCAUUUCACCCGGAUUCAGAACCAGUGAAUCUAUUAUGAUGUAGAGAAUAUGACUGACUUGGAGAUUACUAAUACUGCUUGGACAGUUAGCAUCAAAAGUAGUGAUAGUCCAAAGAUUUUAAAAACCUCUUUUGAUACUUUCUGUACCAUAAAAGGCAUCCAAUGUAAGCCUUAAAAAUUACUGAUUUAAUACAAAUGUUAAGUUUUAGCCCAAUAUUAAUGUUAUUAAGAUUGUGUCAUACUUUUUUGAUAUGUAACUAAAUAAUACAUAUACUUAUCAAUGGUAUAUUUUAUGUAGUAGCGAAGAAAAAAUUGCUAUAUUGCCUACCAGUAAAUAAUUUGCUUUACUUUUUUCUUAAUUCAUGUUAUCUAUUGGAUUCAGAUGAUAAUUAAAGUCUGUUUUAAGUAAAUUAUUUAUUCACCUUGAUUUUUAAAUAAAACAUGUAAAAACA